AUGGCUUCAAUCGAGGAAUUUAGAAACGCUCAACGUGCCAAGGGUCCGGCCACCAUCCUAGCCAUUGGCACAGCUACCCCCGACCACUGUGUCUACCAGUCUGAUUAUGCUGAUUACUAUUUCAGGGUCACUAAGAGCGAGCACAUGACUGAGUUGAAGAAGAAGUUCAAUCGCAUAUGUGACAAAUCAAUGAUCAAGAAGCGUUACAUUCACUUGACCGAAGAAAUGCUUGAGGAGCACCCAAACAUUGGUGCUUAUAUGGCUCCAUCUCUUAACAUACGCCAAGAGAUUAUCACUGCUGAGGUACCUAGACUUGGUAGGGAAGCAGCAUUGAAGGCUCUUAAAGAGUGGGGCCAACCAAAGUCUAAGAUCACCCAUCUUGUAUUUUGUACAACCUCCGGUGUAGAAAUGCCCGGUGCGGAUUACAAACUCGCUAAUCUCUUAGGUCUUGAAACAUCGGUUAGAAGGGUGAUGUUGUACCAUCAAGGGUGCUAUGCAGGUGGAACUGUCCUUCGAACUGCUAAGGAUCUUGCAGAAAAUAAUGCAGGAGCACGAGUUCUUGUGGUGUGCUCUGAGAUCACUGUUGUUACAUUCCGUGGCCCUUCCGAAGAUGCUUUGGACUCUUUAGUUGGCCAAGCCCUUUUUGGUGAUGGGUCUUCAGCUGUGAUUGUUGGAUCAGAUCCAGAUGUCUCGAUUGAACGACCACUCUUCCAACUUGUUUCAGCAGCCCAAACAUUUAUUCCUAAUUCAGCAGGAGCCAUUGCCGGAAACUUACGUGAGGUGGGGCUCACCUUUCAUUUGUGGCCCAAUGUGCCUACUUUGAUUUCUGAGAACAUAGAGAAAUGCUUGACCCAGGCUUUUGACCCACUUGGUAUUAGCGAUUGGAACUCGUUAUUUUGGAUUGCUCACCCAGGUGGCCCUGCAAUUCUCGAUGCAGUUGAAGCAAAACUCAAUUUAGAGAAAAAGAAACUCGAAGCAACUAGGCAUGUGUUAAGUGAGUACGGUAACAUGUCAAGUGCAUGUGUGUUGUUUAUUUUGGAUGAGAUGAGAAAGAAAUCCCUAAAGGGGGAAAAAGCCACCACUGGUGAAGGAUUGGAUUGGGGAGUACUAUUUGGUUUUGGGCCAGGCUUGACCAUCGAAACUGUUGUGCUACAUAGCAUUCCUACGGUUACAAAUUAAGUG